CACUUAUACACAAGGUACCACUGGAGGAUCCACAACAAUAAAAGUAGGAUCCGCCACAAGACGGUUAAUGUUUGCUUAGAACAAGCUGACAGAGGAAGUGUACAGACUGCAUCAGUCAUGCAUUCUCUUGGCAUUCAUUUUAAAAAGAAUACAUCGAGGGGGGUAAAAAUCAGAAAUGCUCAAUGUCAUGGACAGGAAUGAAGUGUCACCUGCGUCUGGUGCCACCGUGAAGAAGAAGGCGGUGUGCCCCAGUGGCGGUGCACACAAUGCCGCCAAAUGCGCUGGAAGCCAAAGCGGUCAAAUCUGUCCGGACACUGCCCAUCUGAGCGCCAAGGAGAAGGAUGAGGCGGAGGGCGGGGAAGAGGAGUGCAUGUUUCCGCAUUCGCGUUUGCGUCGAGCCGGGUGGAGCGGCACAGGCGGAGGUGGAGGGGGAAGAGGAGGUGGCAGCAUUGGGAUGAAAAACUUUACGCCAGGAGGGGGAGCCGCGUCCUCGGCUUCCAGGAGGCACUCCAACAAGGAGCCCUGCCUUCCUCACGCAGAGGACACGCUUGCUGCCUCACUGCCCACUGCUACCUCCGGAGCCACGGAGACCCGCGGACCUCAUUCGGGCGAUGCUGCCCAGCACGGCGAAAGCAGCAGAGCAUCUGGGGCGGAGGCGUCGGAACCGGCCGUCGCGAUAGACACUGCGGACGCGACAACUGGUGAUGGUGGCAACAGCGUCGCUCCAAUUUCCAGCAUGAAAUGCAACAAAAACGGCGAAUGCAGGAGGGACUCGGGCACCGGGAGCCUGCGUUCGAUCAUCUCCAAGCAGGAGAAGCAGACUGGCGGGUCGACGAGGGCCGAGGACGGAGGGAGCACCAAGCGCGGAGCUUGUAACUCGAGCACCGCCAGCAUGGACGGCUCCAUCACACCAGGCGGGUCCCUAGCCGGGGGGCACGGAGGUGAGAGCGUCAACCCAGGCGCUACCCCCGGAUCGAGUGGGGUCCCCGAGAAAAAGGACCCAAAGGUGUCCUUCUCAAACGCACCCAGCCGGAAAGCCUCGUCGUCCCUGCACGGACCGAGCCAGACCCCGCAGCCCAGGAACUCUGUCACUUUCCAGAAGCCAGAGGAUGGACCCCCAAUUGUGCCCGCCGAGGAUGUAGAACCCCGAGGCAGCCAGGCCAGUUUCAUGCAGAGGCAAUUCAGCAGUAUGCUGCAACCAGGAGUUAACAAAUUCUCCUUGCGCAUGUAUGGCAGCCAAAAGGCUGUGGAGAGAGAACAGGAGAGGGUCAAAUCCGCUGGAAAUUGGAUUAUCCACCCUUACAGUGAUUUCAGGUUCUACUGGGAUUUCACAAUGCUGCUGUUUAUGGUGGGAAACCUGAUCAUCAUCCCAGUGGGCAUCACCUUCUUUAAGGAAGAGACCACCACGCCCUGGAUCAUCUUCAACGUGAUCUCAGACACUUUUUUCCUCAUGGACCUGGUGCUCAACUUCCGCACAGGAAUCAUCAUUGAGGACAACUCUGACAUCAUUUUGGACCCUAAAACCAUUAAGAAAAAGUAUUUAAAGACGUGGUUCAUAGUGGACUUCAUCUCAUCCAUUCCAGUGGAUUACAUAUUCCUCAUAGUGGAGAAAGGGAUGGAUUCUGAGGUGUACAAGACAGCUCGAGCCCUGAGGAUUGUCCGCUUCACCAAGAUCCUGAGUCUUCUGAGGCUGUUGAGGCUCUCCAGAUUAAUACGCUACAUUCACCAAUGGGAAGAGAUCUUCCACAUGACCUAUGACCUGGCCAGUGCUGUGAUGAGGAUCAUAAAUCUGAUUGCUAUGAUGCUGCUGCUGUGUCACUGGGAUGGCUGCCUGCAAUUCCUGGUCCCCAUGUUGCAGGACUUCCCGUCUGACUGCUGGGUGUCCCUCAACAAAAUGGAGAAUGAUACCUGGUCCGAGCUCUACUCCUUUGCUGUCUUCAAGGCAAUGAGCCACAUGCUGUGCAUUGGUUACGGCCGCCAAGCCCCGGAGAGUUUGUCAGAUAUCUGGCUAACCAUGCUGAGUAUGAUUGUGGGAGCCACUUGCUAUGCUGUGUUUAUUGGCCAUGCCACAGCGCUCAUCCAAUCCCUGGACUCCUCCAGACGGCAAUAUCAGGAAAAGUACAAACAAGUGGAGCAGUACAUGUCCUUCCACAAACUGCCGGCCGACUUCCGUCAGAAGAUCCACGACUAUUACGAGCACAGAUACCAGGGCAAGAUGUUUGAUGAGGAGAGCAUUCUGGGAGAACUCAGUGAGCCGCUCAGAGAGGAAAUUGUCAACUUUAACUGCCGCAAACUGGUGGCUUCCAUGCCACUGUUUGCCAACGCAGAGCCAAACUUUGUCACGGCCAUGUUGACCAAGCUGCACUUUGAGGUAUUCCAACCACAUGAUUACAUCAUAAGGGAGGGCACCAUUGGGAAGAAAAUGUACUUCAUCCAGCAUGGAGUCUGCAGCGUCAUCACCAAAGGCACCCUUGCGAUGAAACUCUCUGAUGGCUCCUAUUUCGGAGAGAUCUGUUUGUUGACGAGGGGACGGCGGACAGCCAGCGUCCGAGCAGAGACGUACUGUCGACUUUACUCUCUGUCUGUGGACCACUUCAAUGAGGUGCUGGAGGAGUAUCCCAUGAUGAGACGAGCGUUUGAGACCGUGGCCAUUGAUCGUCUGGAUCGCAUAGGUAAAAAGAAUUCCAUCCUGAUGCACAAAGUUCAGCAUGACCUUAACUCCGGCGUCUUCAACAACCGCGAAAACGAGAUGAUCCAGGAGAUUGUCAAGUAUGAUCGCGAAAUGGUGAAGCUCGUGGACCUACAGAGGCCACGGGCCAUGUCGAUGACGCCCUCCAUCGGUGGCAUCUUCGCUCCCCCAGGCCAGUCUCAGACGGGCUCGGCAAUCGCCACCCUCCAGCAGGCAGUGGCCAUGAGCUUCUGCCCUCAAAUGGCGAGUCCCUUAGUGGGCCCAGGGACUCUGCAGUCUCCUCGUAUGGUGCGAAGGUUCCAGGUGAUGCAGAACUUGCAAAGCCCCGUCUCCAUGUCUCCUCUUCAGUCUCAGCCCCCUCAGACGCUUGGAGGGGCGUUUGGGUCGGCUAUCUCCAGCCCGCCCGUCCAAAGCCCCUUAGCAGCUUCAGGACGGACUUUCCAGUACAUGGCAAGCGCGGGACCUUCGGGGUCCCAGUUGUCUUUAGUACAGCACCAUGUACCCAGUCCCACACAGACCCAGCCGAGGCCUGCCUCACAUAAGAGCACCCACUCCCUUCACACGGGGAGCUUGAGCCAGGACACCCGUGCACUGUCUGCCUCCCAGCCUUCACUCCCCCAGGAAGGAGCGCCCCAAGCUGCUUCUGCAGCCCCCAGCCCUCCGCCCUCCACUCGCACCUCCAACACCUCCAUCGGUCCCCCUCACCCUAACCUUCCCGGGCCCUCCGGGGUGGGGAGAUCGGCGGGCACGCAACAGAGGGUAGCCUUCGCCUCCACGCCUCCUCCCAGUGGACCUGCUGCGACGGGGGCAGUAGCAGGAGCUACUGGAUCAGGGCCUCCAGACUCUGGCGUUCCCAAGAAAGAUUCAAUUGUCAGCCUUCCAGAGCUAGACUCUGCCAGAUCCCGGCUGUCUUCCAACUUGUGACCCUGGUUGAUUUCAGGAAAGAGGCCUUUUUUGUAGGUGUUUGUUUUGGGUCAGUUUCGCUGAUCCGUCAGCCUGCUAGAUGACCAAUGGGCUGUUGCUGGCUCCACCAGUCAUUGGGCCUGGAUGUGCUGUGUGCUGGUGUCUGCUGAAGGAGACGCGUCUCCACAUUUUGGGACUGCGGCGAGGAAAAGUCUAUACAAUGAAACUAGUAUAACUUAAGGUUGAACUGGCCUAGUCUCCUGUGCCAGCACCUUUUAUUCUUAGUAUCACCCCUUACACUCUGCUUCCAAACACCUACUGUAUAUCGCUGUCUUUACUGUAAAGAUAUUUAGAAACAUAUGAUUAAUGUAACAUUUGCAUACUGUGUAGAAUCCAUGCAAUGCAAUCUAGCAGGAGCUGGACUUAAAAAUGAAAAUCAGGGACUUGAGGUCAAAUGACAAUGACGUUUUAAAUGUUCAAGUGUUUUGAGUGUCUUUUUCUUUUUCUCUCCGUAUAAGCUGUCGUAGCAAAAUAAUACAUCGCUCUUCAUAUCGUUUCAAAUAGUAGUGGACAAACUAGUGUUGUAGACCGCUGGUCGAUCUUACAUCGAAGUGUAAAUAUUUGAGGAAAAUAAUAUUAUAUUCAUUGUAUCUACCCAAACCAAAGUUGAGCUUGAACACAAAGUCUGGUUGUGUCUGUAUCAACUAAAAAAGAAACAUAGAAGAAAAAUGCCAUUUAUUUAACUGCCUUGAUUCAACGUUAGAAGCCAUAUAUUUGGUUCGUGUGUUUGUAUAUACGUGGGUGUACGUUUGUGUGUGCGUGUCGGUAUGUUUUUCGGGGGGUUUAUUUUCGGAGAAUGGACUCACUGGCGCGUUCUCUCUCACUCGGCUUUGUCAAGGCUGAUUAGUUUGACAUGCUGACGGCGGCGCUGACCACUUUCUCAUGAAACAUCUGCCGAGUGGUCCGAUGUUUGCUCGGCGUCCUGAUUGUAAGCCUGGAGGCAAAGGCGCUUAAAUAAUCUCAGCUUUAUCGAAAAAGGAGACCAUCUCAUAUUGUAUACUUGCUUGUUUUUAUCUAGGUUUAUUGAUUAACACAUGCAAUAUAUUUCUGCAAUACUCUACCCCGCCUAUAUAUAUAUAUAUAUAAAUAUAUAUAUAUAUAUAUAUAAAUAUAUAUGACUAUAGAUAUCUAUACAUAUGCUGUACAGGAAAGUGAUUUUCUUUUUUUUAAUGUGAACUCUUAAGGAAUCCAGCAGCUGUUGUGGCUUCACUUGAGCUAUUGUAAUCCAGUGACCAUGUUGUUACCUUAACCAAAAAUAUUUGAAGGGACGAGAGGGAAGAAAAAUAAAUAAUAAUAAAAAAAUUACAUUAAAAAAACAGAUGGAACAAGCCGGUGCAUAGCAACAACAAGAAUUCAUACCUUGACAAGAAUGUCACUUUAAAGCCCAUCGGAGGGAGUUCACUUGUACGAUCAAAUCCGGGGCGUGGGGUUUGGAGUGAAUGGGGUAAAAAACAUGUCAACGCCUUUAAAAUAACGUUUGAAGUCAGUCGACCCGCAAAUGCCCCUACGUUACAAUGAAUGUCUCAACAUUUUGAUUCCGAUGGGUUGAGGCUUUGGUUCUAUUAUUCUUCUUCACAUGGUUGCUGAAUGUAUGAAGGAAGACAGCUAAUCAGAUAUGAACUGCCAUGUAAAUAAAGGGAUGAUGAUUUGAAUAGGCUUUUAUGAUGCAAGAGGGUUGCUGUGUGUGCGUGCGUGCGUGCGUGCGUGCGUGCGUGCGUGCGUCUUUUUAAGAAUUCUCGAAGAUGCUUCUCCAGGUUGUUUGUCUCGUACGCUCAGUCCCGACAUCCCAUCACCACAUCAAACAUGAGUGGAUCCAUCGGUUUAGUGAGGUUAUUGAGGUGUAUGAGUUAUUAAGCACCUUGUGUUGCACUACAACCUUGUGAAUCAAAAUGAAAAUCAAUGCACCGUUCUUCUGAAAUGGUCCCCCGGACCAAUUAUGUGCUUGAAGUGAAUUCAAUUCCGAUAGCGAAACAAGGCGUCUUUUUCCGCUAAAUCCGACACAAUGCGACUUUUCACUCAGGUUUUCUUUUCAAAGAAAAAUGUAAUGAUCGCUGCAGCCAAGUGGGCCAUAGAUUGAUGCACGCUUGUCUAUCCUUGAAUUCUUAAAUUGGCUAAAACCCUGAGCUUGCUCCUAUCUAUCAGGCAUGAUACUGCCAUGUUUUCACCACUUCUCCUCUGAGGUCUUUAAUUCAAGGUGUAAGGUGAUUGUUUUUAUCCAAGGGCUUCAUCUCAUGGCUUGUUUUUUAUUUGUUUGUUUUUUUAAUGUUGGAUUUUCACAUUGUGUUCAGUGACUAACAUGCACUAAACCGUUUUGUCAUAGCGGGUCACGAUGCUGUGGCCCCAUUCAUCGGCAACUUUCUAUUGCUUUUUUUCCUAUGGGAAAGGCACAUGCCAAAAGGCCAAUACGAUUGUGAAUAAAUCGAGUCCAUUUGAGUCCGUAUAGCUGUUGUGUGCGCUUCGAUACUGUUCCAGUGUAAUCAGUUGGUCCUCUUCCCUGUUCCUUUGUGCUAAUACCAGAGUUUGCCCUAUUAAGCUGCUAUCAGGACUGUGCUGAUAUUACGUGAAGGGGUCCACAGUCGGUGAGAGCAAAGGGAGCUAAAGAGCUAAUGUUUCAGGCAAUAUCAGACACUGUUCCAUUACAUUCGUCCACUGAGAUACUGUAGUGUGUAAAUCACAGAAAGGAUAGGACAUCCCAGACCCUUGAUCAGAACCAGGACCCUGUCCCGGGUUCUGAGUGCUGCUCCUGGACCUUUCUGUGAAGUGGGCCUAGAACCUCUCACACAUGUUUGACACUGACUGACAAUUAUUGAGAGUAUCGGAGACUCAAACCUCUCAUUUGUUGCUGUACCAGAUAUAUAAGGGUACUGAAUGCCUUGGUGUUGAUAUGUUAGCAAAUCAGGGUCUUACUUUUUGUUUAUAUAAAUGUGUCUUUGAUUUGUCCGUAUAGUUUUUCUUUUGUUUUUUUGUUUUUACAAUGUGUCCCAUGCACAUGGACUGUAUAUACCUUGUGCCUAGUAUAUCUAGUUUCCACAUAGUCUAUUUUUGUGGUAUGUACAGUAUGUGCCUGUAAAAAUGCAAAUAUGUGUUUUUAUUUUAAAACUUGCAAUAUAUGUAAAAAAAAAAAAAAAAAAAAGCUCAACACUAGUAUUGCUAAAUUAAAAAUGACAAUGUCAGUAUUUAUAAUUUUCCCUGAUUUGGGGAAUCACAAUAUUGCACAUUUUUGUUGGUUUGAGCCUUCCAACACCAUGCGCGCUGUACUCUGUACGUUCAUGUUCUGUAUAUAUGGUACACACAGAGAUGUGGGGCACACUGUUGUGUUUUUAUCCACAACCUGCUGUACAAGAACUAUUUUCUACAGUGAGAGGGUGAGCUCUGGCGGUCUUCUGUUGGCAUAUCAGCAGUGGAGACGUUAGCUUUGGUGACCAAAUUGCAUUGAGAAAAAAGCGGAGAUGCCUGCACAAUAGAGAUCAGCUAGGCCGUUGGUUGCAAACUGAUCACAGAAAAAUGUUGUCACAAUUGAUAUAAUAGCUCAGUGCGUCCAAUUUCACUUGUUUCUAAGUGGGACCUUCACACCUAGACAUUGUCACGUAUACCAACCAAUGCACGAUGAUUUAAUUUAGCAGUUUGUGUCGUAGCUACUGUAGCCUGCUUAGCUAACCUAAGCCUUCUCUCUGCUUCAGGACUGUAUCGUGUGCGUGAGCGUGUGUGCCUGUUUGUGUGUGUGUGUGUGCGUGUGUGUUCCUGUGCCUUUCCUUCGAUAACGCCGGUCCCACUUGAGAAAAAGGUAACACUGAGGCAAGCCGUGCUGUGUUUAACACCAUCAAAAUAAAGCAGAAAUGACUUGAGCACAUCCAAAGUAGCACUCCCUAGCUCUGUAACCAGAGAUACUUUACCAGCAACAUGUAGAAACAGCACAGACAAUGUGACGCAAAGGCCGGUCUGCAACCAUCUUCUGCUAAAAAAAAAAAAAAAAAAAAAGGUU